AUGGCUGAUGGGAAUCAGGCGUACCCAACAAACCAACCUCACCAAGAGAUGCAGAGGCAGAAUGAGCAGCCUCCGUUGUUUCUACCACAAGGAGUAGGUCAAAACAAAGCUCCCACACCUGCAUCAAAUGGUCCAUUUCAGCCCAGUGGAGCGUUUCACACUGGAGCACACUGGAGACCUCUGACUGCCCUUCCUCAGUCUUCACCCAACAUGAAUGGCUUUCCUGCACAGCAUCUACAGCAGUCAAGAAUGCCAAUAACAAAUCCAGCUCCACAGCCUCCCCCACAUGUAUACCAGACACCAAAUCUCCAGCAGAGACCUCCAGGCCAGGUCUCAUACCCACCUCCAUCAGUUCAGCCAGCUGGUUCAUUUAUGAAUGGACCAGGCAAUACAAACAUUAGACCCUCAGCGACAUCAAAUUUCCCACCCUCGGUUGGUUUUGCACCACCACCAAGAGCCGGAUAUGGAAUGGCGCCACCACAAAGUGGUAAUCAAGCUGUUGGAUCACCUCAGCCACCUCCCCCCUCACAGAGUUUAGGUCAACCACCGUCGUCACUGCCUUAUAGUGUCGGGGUUCAAGGUUCAGCAGGGGACGGCCAACAGAGUCGCCCGAAUGAAUUACCUAUGCCUUUUCAUGGACAAGGGCAGUAUUCACAUCAGGUCAACCCUCUUCAGCAGAGGACUCCGAUUACAACCCCAACUAAUUCAGAGCCUUCAUCUGAAAGAUCUUCAAGAGGGCCAUCUCCAGUUUCAGGCUCAACUAUUGAUGCUUUAGAAGGACAGUUCAGCCCAGGGCAUGGUGUUGCUAAAAGUCCAACAUCCAGUCAAGGCCCAAGAAUGCCACCUGUAGCAACUGGUACAUUCUCUCCUCCACUGCAAGGCCAUUUACCAGCCCAGUCUAUGGGACAGCCUGUCUUUUUGCCUCCUCCUCCUCGGCCUGGAUUUCCUCUGAUUCCGCCACAGUCUGCAUUGCCACCGUCACAGCAGCAGCUGCCAGGACAACUUGGGCAGAGGCUUCCUCCACCCCCGACAUCAGGUUUCUCCCCAAUGGGUCAGCCUUCCGGACCCCCUGGGGCACAGCCACGAUUUUCACACCCCCCUUUGCCUAGCACAGCUAGAGGUUUUCCUCCACCGCCCUCCUCCAGCACAGUACCAAAUGCUUUUCCUCCACCAAGUGUACCCCCAUUUGCACCUCCUCCAUCUUCUGGCAGUGUAUCCCCACCUAUGGCUGGAGCAGGAACUGGAUCAUUGCCUCCCCCAUUAAGAGGUUCAAUGCCUGGAACACAGCCGCCGCUGCCCCCACUGCCAGGUUCACAGUACUCAUCUAUGCCACCUGCAGGCUUACCCCCAUCAUAUCAAUAUGGACAACCUGGACCCCAGCAGCCUGGUGUAGGCAUGAAUGCGGUCACACAAAACUUGGGUGCCAUGGGUAUUCAGGAGUCACAACGAGUGGUCAAUUUGUUAACUGAAAGACAGCUGAUCCCACCGGAAGGUAUAGAGACAGCAAAGCCAGUGCUGCCCAAUGAUUUAAAAAAAGUUAACUGCAACCCAGAUGUGUUUCGAUGUACUCUAAAUGCAUUGCCACAGAAUUCUGCUUUGCUCAGUAAGGCCAGAUUGCCCUUAGGAAUUCUGAUUCAUCCCUUUCGAGACCUGUCGCAACUGCCUGUCAUUCAGUCCAGUGUAAUUGUGAGGUGUCGGUCAUGCCGGACGUACAUUAACCCCUUUGUUGUGUUUGUUGACCAGCGACGAUGGAAGUGUAACCUUUGCUUCAGGGUCAAUGACUUGCCUGAUGAGUUUUCCUUUGACCCAGUUACUAAAACCUAUGGUGACCCCCAGCGACGGCCUGAAGUGAAGUCAGCAACAAUAGAGUUUAUUGCUCCUUCUGAAUACAUGCUGAGACCGCCCCAGCCUGCAGUCUAUUUGUAUUUGUUGGAUGUGUCUUUCAAUGCUGUAGAAACUGGUUACUUAUCACAGUUCAGCCAGAUCUUAUUGGACGAGCUGGAUAAACUGCCAGGAGAUGCACGCACAAGUAUUGGCUUUCUGUGUUACGAUAGUUCACUGUAUUUCUUUAACCUGGCAGAGAAUCUUUCUCAGCCACAGAUGCUGUGUGUGCCUGAUCUGGAAGAUGCAUUUUUACCGUGCCCUGACAACCUUCUAGUCAAUUUGCAUGAGAGCAAAGAGUUGAUUGUCGACCUCCUUAAUCAGCUGCCAAAUUUAUUUCAAGGGAACCUAGAGACAGGGAGUGCCUUGGGGGCAGCACUUCAGGCGGCUCAUAAACUAAUGAGCCUGACAGGUGGAAGGAUAACAGUCAUGCAGACGUGUUUACCCACAGCUGGUCCUGGAGCUCUGCAGAACAGAGAUGCUGGAAACAUUGCAGGGAAGAAUACAUCCAUCAUUGGUCCAGCAACAGAUUUCUACAAGAAAUUAUCUCUUGAUUGUUCAGCACAACAAAUUGCAGUGGAUUUGUUUAUGUUGAAUGGGCAGUAUGCAGACAUAGCCACUUUAUCGUGCAUAUCCAAGUAUUCAGCAGGCUCCGUCUACUACUAUCCCUCAUUCCAUACUGUGAAGAACCCUGGACUUGUGGACAAGUUUGACACUGACCUGCGGAGGUAUCUCACAAGGAAGAUUGGGUUUGAGUCUGUCAUGAGAAUCAGGUGCACCAGAGGACUAAGCAUCCAUACCUUCCAUGGAAACUUCUUUGUGAGGUCCACUGACCUCUUAUCGCUGCCAAACAUCAACCCAGAUGCAGGAUUUGGCAUGCAGAUGUCCAUUGAAGAUAACCUAGUGGAUUCCAGCACAGUGAGCUUUCAGGCGGCUUUGUUGUACACAUCCAGCAAAGGGGAGCGAAGAAUACGAGUACACACACUAUGUGUGCCGGUGACCAAUCAGAUCAGUGAAGUGUUUGCCGGCGCUGACCAGCAAGCCAUUAUUGCGCUGCUAGCAAAAAUGGCUGUUGACAAAUCUUUGAACUCCUCGAUAACCGAUGCCCGUGAUGCCAUGAUGAAUGCAUCCCUGGAUGCCCUGGUGUCAUUCAGUCAACAGAUCCCAGCCUCCCAGCGGGUGGGCGCCUUCUUGGCUCCAUAUUCUCUCCGCCUCGUACCAGUAUUUAUUCUGGCCAUGUUGAAACAUGUAGCGUUCAACCUGUCAGGAAACACAAAGAUUGAUGACAGGGUAUUUGCCAUGCAGCAGUGCAAGGUGUUGCCCGUGUCCUACCUGCUACAGUACCUGCACCCACAUCUGUAUCCCCUGCAUCGACUCAGUGAUGAGAAACCAAUUAAGUGUGGCAAAGAGGAGAUCCCAAGUGCUCCCUUACUGCAGUUGUCUUCUGCAAAUAUCGACCGCACAGGACUGUUUCUCAUGGAUGCUGGAGAGGCCAUGUAUUUGCUAGUCGGAAGUGGGAUUGGAGACCAGAUGUGCCAGGAUGUCUUUGGCAAACCAAAUUUUAUGUCAGUACCUGAAGGCAUGAUGGAUCUACCAGAGUUGGAAAACCCAACAUCGGAGAGGAUUCGCAACUUUGUUAAUUACCUAAUGGAUUCAAGACCUUAUGGAGUAACUUUUUUGGUGAUCAGGGAUGACAGCAAGCACAGACAGCUGUUCUUUCAGCACAUGUUGGAGGACAGGGCCGAGAACAGCAUGUCGUACUACGAGUUCCUACAAUUCUUGCAAGGCAAAACUAAAGUUUGA